AUGUGGCCUGUGGACAAAAUUUCACAUCAGGAUUGCACAGUUAAUGCUGACUCGGGCGAGCCCACUGCGGAAGUGCCGACUCGGGAGAAACGCGCCGUCAUAAAGAAGAAGCGCGCCGUCGAGAUGGAGCUUCCGCAGAACGUAAAGCAAAAGAGGGCAGCGGCUCGUGGCCCCAAGCCCAAGCCCCUGGUCGUCGGGGAGGCAUUGGAGGCCACCCAGUCUCAGACGUGCAUCGCGUCUGAGAUUCCGGCGGGUCAUCCUUCCCGCGCCGAGGCCUCUGACCCGGCUGUGGACGGGACGGAGACUGCCGCAGAUCCGACAUCCCCGGCCCGGGAUGUCGGUCCAGGUGUUGACGCCACCGUCGUCGGCCAGUCCAAGAUCCCUGCGGCCGAGGUCUCGGCCCCCGAGGCUGCCCCCGAGGAAGCCCCUUCCUCGGCCGCAGUCGAGACACCAGCGGAGCCGCCGGCCUCCGAAACGCCGCAAGAGCCGGCGACGGGUCCGCAGGACCCCCAAGAUCCGCAGCCGACUCUGACUCCUCCGCCAUCUUCGUCGCAGCCGAAAGAGGGCGCCCAGGCUGCUGCUGCCCAAGCCGCGAAGGCUAAAGGCCCUGCUGUUGCUGCAGGAUCAACGGUUCCGGGAUCUGCUGCCCCGCGUCGCUCCGGCCAGCAACAGGAGAUUCCACUCCGGACAUCCAGCGGGCAAAGCUGGGGAUCGCUGGGCCAGUCCGUCAUGGACUGGAACAACGCUGAUCACUACGAAGUGACCUCCAGCUCCGUGCAGUCGGCGCGGCAGAGCCCCUUAGUGGGGCCACCACCGGCAACGACUCCGGAGUCGGUGGCGGCUCAGAUGUACCAAGCCCGGGUGACCUUGUUCGAAACGAGCCGAGCUACUGAGCUCUGCAUGAACAAGCGCACUGCAGUCUUUAAGGGGCUGUUGGGCAAAUACAAGAAGCUGGCGGCGUCGCACGAGGCCCUGAAGGCUGAGCGCGAGAGCCAGACCGGAGAUAACGCCCAAGUGGAGGAGCUGCUGAAGCGCGUCUCCGAGGUGCAAGACGAGAAAACUCGGCUGGCCGAGCAGCACCGGGAAGAAAUUUCCCGGCUGCAGGCACAAAUCGCAGCGCAGGCCGAGGCGCACAAGACCGAGGUGAACCAACUCACCUCGGCCCUCGCUUCCCAGGCUGAUGAAAAAAUCCGCCUGGAAGAUGAGGUGAAGAAGGGCAAGGCCCUCGCUGCCGAGCUCGAGACUUGUGCGACAACCGCCGAGUUAGAAGAUGCCGAGAAGACCGGCCUGCUCAAGGUCCUCGGUCGUGAGAUCAUCAAGAUCGAUAACAUGCUGACAAAAUUCUUUCCCUUAUCCGUCGAGCAUGCUCAGGCGACCGUGGCGAAGCUUCGCAAGAAGAGGGACCCGGUGGUGGCAGCAGGGGCAUCAUACGAGUGGGACUUGGAGGACUACCUAGUGAGCAUUGCGAGCCGGGUUAAGCCUCUCAAGUCCUUCGGCGUUGACAUGCUGGAUGCCUCCCUCCGGACCUUGAAAGCGUUGUGGCCCGGUGAAGAGGUGCCGGAGGAGAUCCCGGCCCUGGCAAGGCGGCUGCACGAGGGUCCGUCCCGGCUAAACGAGUGGCGGGAGUCUGCCGCACGCGUCAGAGCCGACGAGGCUUUGUCGUUCGUACUCUCUUGGUACGACGGCAUUAACCUCGACGUGCUGCAGACUAUGCGUGCCAGCUCCCCCCAUCUCUCGGAUCCGGAUCUGGUGGCCAAGUGCAAGGAGUGGGCCUACUCCUUCAUACAAUAUGCCGACGUGCAUAAAUUUGUGGAAGGCCCGAUCUCUGACGCCGAAGCCGAAAUGACGGACGGGGAGGAAGAGGCGGAAGACGAGGAAGCCGCCGUGGAGUCGGCCUCCAUUGCGCCGAGUUCUGGUGACAACGACCCCCCUGUAUCUUUGUAG